AUGCAUUCACUCGCUUCCACAAGACCGCACAUCAUAAGUGUCGUUACCACUACCCUUCUUCAAAAGCUUUACCGAGAUGCUGCCCAAGAUAUCGAGUACCAGUCCUCGACAUUCUGGCAGGUCUGGUUACAGCGUGCCUUUCACGAAGACGAAUACAUGGUCUCAUGCGAGUCGUCUCCUGACGACUCCCGCAGAAGAGUCGAUGCGGUGGUAAAGAGAUAUGACGAACCAAAUGACAUUUUGUCGGCUAUGCUCUGGAUCGAGUUCAAACACCCCACUGGUAAUGUCAAGCAAGUCGAGGCCCAAGCACUGGAUGUGGCUGGACGAUACAUCAGAACAAAUAGUCUGCAAUUUGUGUAUGUUAUGACAACAGUUGGCGUUUCGUUCCGAGUCUGGACUGUAAGGGCAUUCGACCAACUAUCCGACCAACUAUCCGACCAACUAUCCCUCAUACCAUUCAACGGCGGUCCCGCUGAUGCGGCCCGCUCCCAAUAUAUCGAUGCGAACUCUCCUGGGGCUGAAGCGCUCACGAGAUUUGUGGGAACCGUCAAAAACUUCCCUCCGCUUCGCAUUACUCCUGUUAUUCCGAGUCAAGCUUUUCCUUAA